AUGAGCUUCCAUGGCACCGGGCCGCUGCCAAUAUUGAUUGGUGGAUGGACUCUGACAGGGAUCGCUGCAGGCGUCAUCAUCGCUCGUCUGUAUCUACGCAUCAAGAUCCAGAGUCGACGCCUACUGCUCAGUGAUAUCUUCAUGGUUGCGGCUUGGUUCUGUGGGUGUGCAUGCAAUAGUAUCUCUAUCGUUUUGAUGAGGCUUGGUGCGCUUGAUCCCAGCGUGGGAACGGAUCUGAAGGGGUUCACUGGUAACCCUGACAACAUUUCCAAGAUUUUGAAGGUGUUUUGGCUAGGACUCAUCCCUGUUCAUUUGACCUAUUACCUUUGCAAGGGAGCUCUGCUUUUGUUGUACUUGCAAAUAUUUCCGCACUUUAUGCGGAAGCGAAGGAUACUCUUGUGGGCUACGAUUGUCUACAACUUUCUUGCCUUUGUGGCAAGUAACCUCGUUGUGUAUUGCAUCUGCCAUCCGAUCCAAACAUUUUGGGAUGGAAUUCCUAGUACAUCAUGCUCAUCCAAGGGUGUCAUCAUUUUCAUGGUCACUUGGUCCCUCAAUACGACUGGGGAAAUUUCAGUGUUUCUUUUACCCUGGCUCAUUUUACCUGGGCUGAAUAUUCGGAGAUCCCUCAAGAUUGGGGUGUACGGCACUUUCUUUCUCGGUGUCGUUACCAUCGUAUUCGGAAUUCUGCGAUUUGUCUCGAUCCUAAACGCUCACCAAGGAACUAGCGUUCCAUUGAGCACGCCAGUUCUAUGGAAUACUCUGGAAUGCAACCUUGGAUUAGUUAUUGCGUGUAUGCCAUCACUUAGGCCAUACUUCAAUUCUAAUGAUAGUUCCAAGGGGAAACCAAUUACCCCAGAGAAACCGUUGGCCUUACUCACAACAGAUAACCGCUGGACGGCUGACUCUAUGGCCAUGACCAGCGUAUCGAGCAACCGUCCUGAUCAAAAUAUUUGGGAUGAGGACAGGACAGACAACAACAGUAAGGUGGAUCUAAUGCAGGUGAGGCCAAUCGAAGAUGUUGUAUGAAAUGUGUAUACAGUUUAGAGACAGGCUAAGACAGGCAUCAUGCAAGUAAUUAAUUAAU